AUGUGUUUUACUCUCACUUGUGGAUAUUCUUUUGGGUUAAUGCAAUUUGGAAUGAUGAAUCUGUUUAGGUUUCUGAAUGCAAUAGAAGCUAGGGGAGGAGCUCACUUUCUUGCAAAGAAUGUGGAGUUAAUGAAUGUGAACCCUUGGAAUGAUCCCAUUGGUGCUCUAAUUCUUGGCAUUCGUCAGCUUAGUCUCUCUGGUUGGAAGCCAGAAGAAUGUACCGCUAUUGGAAAUGAACUUCUAACAUGGAAAGAGAAAGGCUUUUUAGAAAGAGAAGGUAUUUUCUUGUCUACAGGGUUUGAUUUACUCAAUGUAAGAGCACUUCCUAACAUCCUUACCUAUUCUAAAGGCAGUGAAGAUGGUCAGACAAUUUGGGCAUUAAGGCUUAAAGCUACUCUUGAUAGAUCUAGGAGGCUGACAGAAGAAUACUCUGAGGCAUUUCUUCAGAUAUUCCCUCAGAAAGUCCAGAUGCUGGGAAAAGCUCUAGGAAUACCUGAAAACAGUGUGAGGACAUACACUGAAGCUGAAAUUCGGGCUAGUGUUAUUUUUCAGGUCUCAAAACUUUGUACCCUUCUUCUAAAAGCUGUUAGGACUACACUUGGGUCUCAAGGGUGGGAUGUUCUUGUUCCAGGUGCAGCUUUUGGAACCAUAAUACAGAUUCCUCGAUCUGUUGAUUCCUUCCAUUUUGAGGUGUUUCAAUACUUUGAUCCUCACUUAAGGCGUGAUGGGUCUGUGUUUGCUAUUUUAGGUUGGUUUCUUGUGUCCUACACUACUUUGGCUCUUGUGAUGACUGUUGAGAGGAGCAAAAUCAUCGUUAGUCCAUUUUCUGAUGUUUGUAUGCGACAUCCAUUAUCAAAGAAAUAUAAUUGUCUCGUCCCUGGUUUAUCACGUUGCUGGAUACUUGAGUUUGCUUUUGUUCGUUGGGUUGCUUCUGCUCGUUGCUUCUAUUGUUCGUUGUUUGUUGCUCCUGUUCGCAAGACAAAUCUCCAAGUCUCUUCUUUGCUGCUUCAGUUUGCCCUUCUAGUUGCUACAGGUUUGUCGUUGUUCGCUGCUAUUGUUCUGCUUUGGGUCUGCUCGUUGCUCGUGUUCGUAAGACAGGUUGCUGGUAGUUUGGGCUGA